CAUCAUAAGAAUUCCUCAACGGAUCGUUCGAGUAUUUAAAUUCCAUCGCAGCACCACCGCAACUCUCGCAAACAUGAGCAGAAAGAUCGUCCCCGUCCAGCCCGAUAAGUUCGUCCAUUCUGAAAAAGUGAUGGGUCUGCUGGAGUGCAAUUUUUUCGAAUUCCUCAACGAUAAGCAAUCGGCACUGGUAAUGUUUUACAACCCCAACUGUGCUAACUGUUUGCGUUCCCGGGGCCACUACGCCAGGGCCGCGAAGUUCACCAAGCGGGACGGCCACGCCUACGCUGCCGUCGACUGCACGACCGAGACGGAUCUGUGCAAGCGGGAGGGCAUCAGUCGCCUGCCCACCUACCAGCUGUACAGCAAAGGUAUGUACAUCAGCCACCGCGACUUCCCCAUGGACUACCUUCGCAUGAACGACUUCAUCGAUGCCGGCUUCACGAUCCCGCAGCUCAAGCCGAACCCUCAGCAGGACCCACCCUGCACGAGGAAGAGCAAAUACUAAAGCGCGGUGAGGUACCUUUCUAGCAAAGUGAAUGGCCACGUUCUCUUUAUCAUGAAUGACUCUUAUACUAAAAAAAAACACUAUUGUCUUCUGCUGUACCCUAUGAUUUUUUUUUUUGGUGUACCCGAUGCCGUUUCUGAGCUUUAAGCAGCCGUUUCACGAUCACCCACCCCACUGAUGUAUUGAUCAAUACACACUAUGUAUGACUCGUGAUACAAUAAGAAGUUUCCUAUUCCGAAGGCUUUUUGGAAGAGGGCGACCGCCAAGUCAAGUAGUUUCUCUCAAAUCUAAAAGAUGCAGUAAAACUCAAUCCACUCUUGUUGGGGUGAAUGUUCACAAUUUCAAGGAUUAAAACCAGCGUUGUGUGGCACUUCCAAGCAGACCGUGUAUGUUGUCUACUGUCGUGGAUCUUGUUCUGUGAGAUUGAUUCUUAUGGGCACAGUCAAACUCAAAAGUAAGUUUGUACAUUUUAUUGAGCUGUUUCUUUGUUUUUCCAUCACACAUUUGUUUGUUGUUUUGUUUUUUUAUUCAACAUAAUUUAUUUGAAAAUACAAUGCACUUACCAACACGCCAACCUUCCAUCAUCCCAACCUCCCAUCUUCCCAACCUCCUAAUCGUCCCUAACUCCCAACGUGCCAAACCUCCCAACAUCCCACCGUCCCAACCUCCCAUCGUCCCAACAUGCCAAGAUCACAUCAUCCCAACCUCACAUGAUCUCAACCUCCCAUCAUAUCAACCUCCCAUCAUCCAAACGCCCCCUUCAUCUCACUCUUCCAUCACCCCCCCCCACCUCCAAACGCGUACGCGUGCUAAGGCCCGAUUUUAUUUUUUAUUUUUAUUAUUGGGGGGGGGGGGUUGUGGUGGGUCUCGGCAGAAGGUACUUACAUUUAUUUAAAAAUUCUGCAAUUAUAUUCGUCGAUCCCUGACAGUACCGUACCAAAAUAGCAUAAUUGUAUCUCUAAUGCUGUAAACAUAUCACGAAAUGUUUUGUUGUUUUUUUUAAUCGUCAUAGUAUUGCUUUGUGUUUUCACAAAUUAUGAACUCUCUGGAUAUCGCUAAAUUAGUUCUCAUUAGUAGCAGUAUUAUUUCGUCCACCGUGUGUGUGACGUGCGGGCAAACCAGGACAAGGUCGUACCUAGGAAAAGCGGCAACUGGGGCGGAGCCGGAAAAUGUUGACACUUAAUAAUAUAUAGAAGUGCGCCCCCGGGGUGAACCAGGAAAAAGACGAUUUUUGGCGCCCCUUUGUCUUCCUGAAGUAAAUGGGAUUUUUAGAUAUAAUACCUUGCUGUUGAGGUCCUACCUAAAGACUAUUUUGGCACCCGUGAUAUUGGCGCCCGGUGCGACAGCCCUAUUUGCCCCGUUCUCAUGGCCUAUCUCGAGGGCGUCGUGGCACCCAGAGUGACGCGGCGUAUUUUAUGGGAACCACUGGGCUGGCCAAACUGUCAGUGGCGUAAACCUGUGACACUUUUUUUUCCAGUGACGUCAUAAUUAUCUAUAAAUAUGAUUUUUUUUUUUUACUUAAAUUAUUUUUUUUAAUUUAAUACUUUUUGGUGGGGGUUGGAGGUUACGAAAGCUUCUUGUGCAUACGCAGGGGGGGGGGGGGGGGUAAAAAAAAUGUAGGGGUCCAAAAAAAAAAANAAAAGGGGGGUGUGUAAAAAUUGAUUUUUCUUGUGUACGUACUAAAUGGAUGGCCCCUGUGUUUCAGUUUUAUAAUAGAGCAGAAGAAUGAGCUUGACAAAAUAAGGCUUUAUGUUAAGUGACAUGACGUGUCAAAUUUGUAUUGUGUAUUAGAUUUAUGAGACGGCAUAGAAUCAUGCCAACAAUGGAACCAUUCCUUGUCGUUUUACUUGGGACUCCCCAACCUCUUUCUUUGCGUAAAGCAUUUUUUUAAAAGAUAGAAGAAUGAUUUACUCUUUUAAACAACGGGUGCUUACAAAAGCCCCACGUAUUACUCUUUACCUAGGCGUAAAACUGGUCCGUUGACCUGAUCUCCAUCGAUAGGCGUAGUUAAGGGCGCCAAAAUGCGAUAUUAUUUUAUUGAUGAGUUUGAGAGUUGAAAAAAGAAAGGGAGGCGCUUUAAAAUGAAUCUUGUCUCUUGUCCGGGCGCCAAAAACUCUAGCUACGCCUCUGGGUCCCAUAUGCCCCUAACCACUUCCGAAACACCCCAUCCUAAAAAGCAUAAAGCUAGGACCCGCUUGGGAAUUUUGCUUCGAAAACUUCUCGGUCUUCCCCGGCACAUCCUGGCACCCAGGGUUUCUUUCAGCUAUAUUCCGGGGGGGGGGGGGCACUGCCGAGCAAAAAUAUGUCCAACAAUAAAUCAACUGGAAAUGCUGGCAAAAACUGAAGGGCCCCCCCCCCCCGAUAAUCUGAAGUGCCCCCCUGGGGGGAAAUUUCUGAAAGAAACACUGCUGGCACCCCCUACACCCCGAUUAAGGUGUGGCCAUCCCUGGCUAAGAACUCCUGCUCUAAACCGUUGAAAACACUGGGAAGCAGUUUUUUGUGUGUUUUUUUUCUUGUUUUUUUUACCCGGCUUAAAUAAAUGCACCAUUCUAACGAUCAGUAUUAGGAAAGACAACCCAGAAAAGUCGGGGGUUAACUCUGCGCCUUGAAUUGUCUCACCCAUACUUAACUACAUUUCAGAAAUUUGAGAAGGAAAAAAAAAGGGGGGGGGGGGGGGGGGGGGGGGUGAAAUGGGCCAUUUAUCUUAUCUGACUUUUCUUUUUAAAUUUUAGAUUUUUUUUUUACAAUGUUUAGACCAGUUCUAUAAGUUUAGUGUAAAUAUUUGGCAGAUUCAUUCAGUAGAGGGCCAUAAGCUUAGUGUAAAUAUUUGUCAGUUUUUUUUCUUUUUAUAAAAAAAAAAAUUAUAUAUAUAUAUAUAUAUCCUAAUUGUCAUUUUUUUUAAUGUUGUUGUUAAUUAAUUUUUUUUCAAUUGACUCACAUUAAAUAGGGGGGGGGCAGCUUCCACUCAAAACUAUAACCAGGUGUGUGACUUUAUCCAAACCAAAAUGGGGGAUUGAUUGAAAACCAUUCUACAGAACUCUUCACACAUUCUUAGCACUAUCUACCCAAAAGCUCUGCCCCCACCCCCCACCCCACCCCCACAUCUCUUUUCUCAACGCCUGUUUCUCAAUUUCAAGAUUCAAUUCUGGUUGUGCGUCCGCCACAACUUGACACAUGUUUAUAAAGGGGUCCCGCAACCUAAAAGGUUGAGAAGCACUGGGUUAGCUAAUAGUGUUUGAAGCCUUCACCUUGGGUGCCUUCUUGAGCGCCACUGCUUGUAUUGUAUUGAUGCCCUUUUCCCUUUGGGUAGAACACGUUAUAGAAAAUGAGAAGAUAAAUCUUUUUUUUAACAACUGGAUUCAGACCCGCCGGUCACUGGGUAUUUUCUCAAAAUACCUGGACCGAAUGUAAAAAAAAAAGAGCACCCGACUCAACCUUAAGGACAAAAAGAGCACCCGACUCGGCCUUAGGGACAAAAAGAGCACCCGACUCGGCCUUAGGGACAAAAAGAGCACCCGACUCGGCCUUAAGGACAAAAAGAGCACCCGACUCGGCCUGGGGACAAAAAGAGCACCCGACUCGGCCCAAAGGAAACUUCAUGAAGAGCAGGGAUUUUUUGUACUGCAAGGAAAAUAAAUAGAAGGAAGACGCCACCACUUCGCUUCGCAACAUGGAACGUAAGAACCACAUGUCCUGGAUUUGACCUACAACAGAUUGACCAUGCGAGAAAGACUGCCACUAUGGCAAAGAACUCGCCUGACACAGCGUUGACAUUGUUUGCCCCCCAAGAGACCAGACGAGCGGAUAAGUGGUACCGUUAAGAAAGCCCGCUACACAUUCUACCGGCAGGGGAACCCACAGAUGAACCCAGCCAGCACAGUGUUGGAUGCGCCAUACAAAAAACACACUCUUGGCUUGCAUUGAGCCUCCAUCAUUGGGAUCGGAGAGGAUUCUGCAGAUGUCAUCAGCUACAGGCAGGGCCAAUAUAUUCAGCGUGUGUGCUUCAACUCUUCAUUCGACUCCAGGAGAUAAAGAUCUGUUAUUCGAGGCCGUAGACCAAGAAUGAUCAUGUGCUCCUUACAACGAAGCAUUAUACAUUCCGGGAGACUUUCUAUGAGGGGAAGCUGAUCAAGAAACCUGGCCUUCAUGCCUUGGUUAUGAUAACGGACGCGGACUUCUGGAGUUGUGCUGCUCCCAUGGUCAAUGUGUUAGAAACAUCUUCUUCAAGUGUAAAAAAAAAAAUCCAAAAGGUGUCAUGGCGACACCCACGAACCCGCCACUGGCACCAGCUAGACCUCGUCAUCACUUGGCGCAUGGAGCUGGCCAGUGUACUUCACACCCGCAGCUGCCAUAGUGCCGACUUUGACACGGACCAUUCUCUGGCAGCAAGUAAGAUGCCAAGUAAGAUGCCAAAGAAAGUUCACCAUACUUAAAAGAAGCGUGGUCCACGCAUUAACAUCCACUGCUCAAACAUCCCAGAAAAAACGCAGCAGUUUUCUAGUUUUUUUUUUUGUUUUUUUUUUUUUUGCAGGAUAGCCUUGCUAAAGGGUCUCCAGUUGACUCUUUCUACUCAAAGUGGACUCAUCUAGGAGAUGCUGUUUACGAUUCAGCCAUCUCCUCCUAUGGGAAAAGGGGGUUUUUUUUUUUUUUUUUUUUUGUUUUUUUUUUUUUUUGCAGGAUAGCCUUGCUAAAGGGUCACCAGUUGACACUAUCUACUCAAAGUGGACUCAUCUAGGAGAUGCUGUUUACGAUUCAGCCAUCUCCUCCUAUGGGAAAAGGGGGCAAAAAAAUAAUAACUGGUAUGAGGUGCAUCGUAUUGUGAUGGCACUCGUAACUGAGAAAAACAACAAACAAACAACUACCAACGGACCUGAGACUGCAUCAAGUAAUUAAACACCGAAACGUCGAUAGCUUCUUUUUUUUUUUUUUUUUUUUUUUUUUUUUUUUUUUUUCAAAACUUUUUUUCUUUUUUUUUUUUUUUUUUUUUUUUUUUUUUUUUUUGUUAUUUCCAAAACUCUUCAGCAUUUUUCUUUUUCUUUUUUUUUUCAAUUAAAAAUAUGCUACGCACCAAUAAAUUUGGUGUGUAAUUAUCACAACUAAAAUUAAAUUGAAACUUGAUUUGUUCAAAUCACUAGCCAAAUGACGUCAGUCAGUGCAUUCAUCUGUCGUCAUCCUUUCUCGAGAUAGUAAUGGCAGCCAAGUAGCGUAUCUUCCUAAACAUCUGCACGAAGAAUCACCGAUACAACAUCUGAAAAUUGCUAACGUCCAGAUCAUCGCCAACACACCGUCCACUGUAAUGGCUCCCCGGAAAGGACUCAAAUACGAUGCAUUCAUUGAGAGCACCAAGGUCUCUGGCCUCAUGUCCGAAAAUUUCCACGAGUACCUAAGCGAUCACCAGAUUGCCUUCGUCAUGUUCUACGAUCCCAAGUGCCCCAGGUGCCACCUUUCUAAACCGCACUUUGUCCGGGCCGCCAAGACCACUAAACGGGACGGCCACGGGUUCGCCGCGGUGGACUGUUCGGUAGAACCGGAUCUGUGUCGAGAGGAACUGGUGAACUCGUUCCCGACUUUCAAGCUUUACUCCAAGGGGAGGUAUGUGGGUCAGUACGGCCAUCAGUUAGAUUACCAAAUCAUGAAGAAAUACGUGGAAAACUCGCCCAUCGCCUCCCGGCUUCCGUCGAAAGACGCCUUCGACUAAGAGAAGAACAAGUGUCGUGGUUUAGUUUCGUCGUGAUGAUUCGAACGCUUUUUAACAUCUUCACCAUUUGGACAAAUGCCACAGUCUAUAAAAAAUACUGUGCAGAAAAAUAUAUGGUGCCUUGGUAAAUGCCAUCGAGAAUUAAUGAAAAAAUCAAGGCUUUUGUUUGUGGAAUCAAUUUUUUGUGAAUCAACUUUAAUUUUAAUCAGCGCACAUCUGCUGACGAGGUGCAUAAGCCUAAGACAUUCAUGGCUGCCGGUCAAAAACUAUUUCAAUGCAGAAACAUCAUUGUCAUUGAGAACUUUCCAGCCGUGCUCCUCGAACGCUUUUGUAAGAAACAGUUCAAAAUACAUCAAUGUACGAUGUACACAAAUAAAUGUUUAUCAAAUACACAAGCAGUUGUUUCUGACUCGACGUUUAUAGUAUAGUUAAAUAUUCGUUUUAUUUCGCAUUUUUAUUUUAAUUCGAUGUUCAUUUGUACAAAUUUAAAUUUUUUUAAACUGUUUAGCGAUCAAAAGCGAAUAGUGGGCAGAGACUGGCUGACUUUGAUCCCAGUAAGCUGUUCAAAUUUUUUGAUUCCACUUUCAUUUCCUUAUUGAUUUACGUGUGUUUUUUUUUUUUUUUUUUUGGCUUUUUUUUUUUUUUUUUUUUUUUUUUUUUUUUUUUUUUUUUUUUUUUUUUUUUUUUUUUUUGGGUGUGUUGUUUUUUUUUAUUAAGCAGUGCUUUGAGUCGGUUCACACCAUUCGAGUGAAGGCGAUGUAUUUUUGGUGUGAUUUUAAUUCCUAUUAUGUCAGAAACAGAAAGUGGGGACGGGGGUAGGUAGGGAGGGGGUGGUGGAAGAGGUACAAACACGCUUUCUUAUCUUCGUAAAUUCAUCCCUAUUUUUUGUUGUCAUUUUCAAAGGGCUUUUCCGUUUAUUACGAUCAUGCGUUGCACCAUGGUGUGCUUCCUUGCCCCCCGCCCCCCCCCCUUUUUUCAGCUAAGUUGGGACGUGUGUUGACAUCUUCCUUUACGAGCAAAAUAUUUCGCCAGGGGCUAGUAUAGCGCUCUCCAAUCCAUUGACUGAUCACACUCAUCGAGUCCCUUCCGCCAUUUCAUUGAUGAAACCCUUGCCCCACAAGCACACGUACGCUAUUUUAAGAAAAUACUGAUGGACUGCCUUGGCAUUGCAACGUCCAUGUCGCCCGAGCGCAUUUGAUCCAACUAGCUAUUAAGUGAUUUGAAAUGUCCUGUAGAAUAGACCUUGACGUUUCCGAACUCCCAAAAUCAUCCCCUCCCCCACACACACACACACACACCACCACCCCUAAACCCCCCUUCCCCACACAUACUCAAUUCUAUAAAUACACAAUUCUAUAAAAUAACAUUUUUGUCGUUAGCUAAUGCUUUAUUCGAAGGGGAGUACGCGAAUCAUUUUUUUAUGCUUGAAAAACUUCCCCCACACAUAAGGUACGCGGAUUUGGGGGGUUUUGGUGGUAGUGGAUGCCAUUCUGCUAUCCUUUGCUGUGCAUUUUCUUUGCGCGUUUUCUCUUUGAAGGAGGUGGGGAAUGUCCCAACAGUUAGUCUGCCUCACCAACAUUUGCGCUCCAAAUCAAGUGUUUUUGACCAUGAGUUCGGGUCGAUAUCUGUGGCGUUAAGAAACAGUUUCAGGCAUUCUUUAAAACGUUUUUUUUUCUACCCUCCCGAAUAUAAUGUUCUUCUUCUUAUAUUUGAGGGGCCCACGAUCAAUUUGUUGAUCAUUAUGGCUCCUGGUUUUAAUUCAGAGUUUGCCUUCUCUUAGAUGGGUUGCCGUCCAAGGCUAACGAGUCCCAUCCACCCGGGGUGCUGGGGAUGUUGGCUUUAAUGGGGAUUGAACUCCGGACCACUGGCGCCACUGCUAUUUGGUUUGAGACAGUUUAGACCGCUCGGCCACCAAGCACCCAUCUUAGCCAUCCUCGUCCAUAUAUGCCUUACUGUUGAUGGAAGUGGAAUAAAUUCCACAAAAAUCUUCUCUUCAACUUCAAUCGAAAAUUAAAAAUGUUGGUAAUAAACAUUUACUCAAGUGUGGCCCAGGACGGACGCCCUUCGUUUGAUGUUAAUUCCGAAUGUUUUUGUGCUAUUCGUGAUUGAAGGGCGGAAAAAAACAUGGACUGCCCCGGGCUUUACAAAUUCCAGCUACAUGACUGUGCAGAAAUGUCUAUCAUUGGAGGAAAACGUAUGAAUCCAAACGAGUGUAUUUGGAUAUUUGUGCUAAGAAUCUUACAUUUUUAUUGGUACUCCUUCGUUAUGUUGGCUACCAUGUGAUCCGUUUAUGUAGGGUUUCCGUAGCUUUUCUAUAUUCUGUACACAGUACGCAUUUCUAUAUCAAUAUUCGGAUGAUGGUUCCUCUGUUUUUAUUAUCAUUUAUCCACUCACAGCUUGAAAUGGCACCGCGCACAGUGCGAGCACCCCAAAUUGGGAAACCCUGCAUUGUUGAAAAUAUCAUCAAUUUAAACAUCUCAUAAUUACAGCAUCUAUGUAGUAAUUUUUAUAACUUUUUAUCUGUGAUAUCAUUCUGUAUUUCAUAUCUCUAAAGAGUGUCAUAUUAUUUCAUCUUUUUGUGCAUGUUUAAAAAUCUAAUUUAAAGCCUUAAUACCAAAUCGUUAUUAUUCGCCUGACGUCAUUAUGUGAGAUCUACGUAAACAAAAAUUGUGCCCAGAAUGUCACAUCAUGGCAGAUUGUUGUAAUUGAAAAUGCAUGGAGUUCUGAUUGAUAUGCAUUAAAUGUCAAAUCCAGUCAGAAGCUGUAAGAAAUAAAUGUUUUCCAAGCUACCGGAAAUAAAAUAUUACAUUAUCUUGCCCAGUCCAAGUAUAAGAUAAGUAAAAAGGCACCAAAAAACAAAUCGAAUCACUGUCAUGGCGCCGUCACAAAGACUAGCGAGAAAGGUAAAACCGGAUGCCUUUACAGGUUCCUCAUUCGUGAUGGGACUUCAGGAUACGACAUUUAAAGAAUAUCUCACUGAACAAAAUGUUGCUCUUGUGAUGUUUUAUGAUCCCACGUGCCCAGAAUGCCAGAGAUGCAAGCCUCAUUUUUUCAAGGCAGCCAAUACUACUAAGAAAGAAACUGGGCAUAUAUUCGCUGCUGUCAACUGCACCGAAUACCCAGAAAUAUGCAAGGAACAAAACGUGUUCUCAAGAAAUCUUCCGUCCUUUAAAGUUUAUGCAAGAGGGGAGCUCCUGAGUGAUGUAGGAAGUGGGCUUGAUUACAAAGAUAUGCGCAAACUUGUGGAGGAGUGCCCUUUCUUUCCACCCAAAAGGUCAAGAUAACUAACUUCUUAUUAAACUGGCUCAGUUUCUUAGUUUUUUUUCAAAGAAAGACCAAAAAUAAAUAUGUCAUGUUAUUAUUGUUACUGUGAAAAGGUGAUUUUUCAAAAUUUGAUUUGAAAUCUAAAAUGUCAAUUUGAAAACUUUACUUGCUAAGAUAUCAACAAUAACCUGAGUGAUAUAUUCCUACUUUAAAAAAAAAAAAAAGCAUCACAUUUAUUGCAGAAAGUGUUUUCUACAUGCAUAGCAUAUUAUCAAAUAUAUAUGUUCCCUUCUCUCUAUACACAUUUUGUUUAAAAAACUGAUUAACUGAUAAUUUGAUAUCUAAUUUUAAUUAUUAACUUAUAAUAAAUAGCUUAUUCUUUGAUCACUUCCAGGUAAAAAGAUCUCACACAAUUCAUCAGUACUGGAUUGUUCUUACAAUGGCUGUUGAAGUGGAACAUCAGCAAAUGAUACAAUAUUCUCUGCCAAAGUGCUGCGGAACACUAACAUUGAAGUUGGACAUUUUGGAUCGUGCUUUAGACCAAAAAUUAUUUUUUUAAUUUAAUUAUCACCUAUACAAUAUUUUUAAAAUGACUGAAAAAUUCAUGAGUGUAAAAAUGAGAUAUUUACAUUCUCUAAUUUUAUUGCAAAAUAGAACAAGCUGGUAAUUAUAGGUUGUUUAUCAUAAAUAUAUAUUUGUGGCUAUAAUUUUUAUUUGUGACUUAAACUACUACUGGUUUCAAUGAUAAGCAAAAUAUAGGGGAUUUUAAUUUUAGAUAUUUUUUUUUACACUGUUUUUGGGCUAAAGCUGCAAAACUCUUGCUUUACUGUCUUUAAACAUCAGAAGGUGCUAUACACAUUUCAGGAACAUGACAAUAAAACCAUACACAUUCUAGCAAUGAAUUGUUAUUCGCUUUUUCAACUUUUUGGCUUGUGUAUUACAAAUAUAUUUAAAGUUUUAUUAUGUUUUAAUUU